CUUCGAGAGAACACUGAGUGUUCCAUCCUGACGGGUGGUGACCUCAAGGGCCUCUGAGGAUGCCUGCUGGACAUCAGGUCAGCUCGAUGUCUGCACACGAUACUAAGCUGUCACUAUCGACUUGUGUGAGCUCGAAGAGUGCUCUGACAGCGGAGAUAUCCAGUGACAACCAGGAGAUCAUGGACGCCGAAGACUACAUUACCGGCGCCUCUCGCGGAGGCUACGCCAGCAGCAUAAUUAGUAGUGAAGGGAGUAGUGACAGCAGCGAAGAAGAAAUAUCUAUUCAUGCGCAGGACGUGAUGCAGUUCUCAGCUGCAGAGCUGCAGGACCAGAUCGGACAGGAAUUCGUGCAAGGUAUCAACCCUUACGUGGAGCAACACAUCGGGAAUGAGGAAGAUUUUUACGUCGAGGACUCGUCAUCUGAUGAGGGUGAAGGCACUGUUAAAAACGAGAUAACGACCGAGGAGAAGGAGAAAUCCCUCUCCGAGUGGGAAAACCCGUCAUAUCUAGUUAAAGACCUGGACACCGGUGAAAGUUACAGAGUGGAGGAGAUCGAUCAGCAAUUCACACUAGUUACACUCGAUUCGGUGGCUGCACAGCAUGAACACAAAGAAUUACAGCAGCAAGGAGAGGAGACAACAGAGUCCAGUUCGUCGUACUUAUUGUCGCUGUAUACAGCCGACGAGACGGCAGAUAUCGAGAUCGAAGACGACCAGUCUGAAGCCAUCAGCCCAAGCAGCUCGAUGCGCGUUCGAAGUACCAACAUGGCAGCGAUCGAAGCGCCCAGCGAUGAGUUACCGACUGGGCCGCCUGUGCAGUGCAAUUUCUCGGGUUGUACCGAGACGCAUCAGCGUGUCUCAGGCUACUGUGUCGACCACGAGAUGAUCGCCAAGGAACAAGAAGAUUCACGUGCUCAAGCUCUCUAUUUGAUCCCAAGUGGCGCUCGAGCCGAGUUUAUUAAGAUUGGAAGCCACGGGUUCGCAUACGAUGUGUCGAAUCGAUUGUACACUGUGUACGCCAUCGAAAUGCGCUGUGUGCAGUCAGGUGCGACGUGGGUUAUUUAUCGUCGAUACCAGCAAUUCAAGGAGCUGAACGACCGCUUACGUCCCAUGGGCGUACGUGUGCCACUGCUACCUCCCAAGAAACUCCUGGGCUCUUUUGAACCCGAUUUUAUCGCGAAACGACAAAGCGAGUUGUCCAAUUGGCUCCGAAGUCUACUGAACUAUGACCGAGUGGACCAGUCCGCUAAAAACCCUCAUUUAGUGGAGGAAGUUCGCAAAUUCCUGACCAGCAAGGCCGACCAACCACCUCUUCUACUGGACCGACUUCCGUUGAAGCGCUCACGGUUCUUUGGAGCGUCUUUAGCUGACGAUGGGGAUGAUGAAGCCAGCCGAAUAUCUGCUGGCAAGCAGAACGUAUCGCUACAAGAUUUCCGGAUGAUUCAAGUGAUUGGACGCGGAUCUUUCGGCAAAGUGGUGCUGGUGGGUCACAAGUCUAGCAAGAAGCUGUACGCGAUGAAGAUGCUGUCCAAGGAGAACAUUGUGAAGCGUAAACAAGUGGAACACACGCGUACAGAGCGACGCGUACUGGGCUGUACCCGACAUCCGUUCAUUGUGGGUCUGCAUUACGCGUUCCAGACAGCACAGCGACUGUACUUUGUGCUGGAUUACUGUCCUGGAGGCGAGCUGUUCUAUCAUUUAUCGCGUAUGAAGAAGCUGCCGGAACAUAUGGCGUGUUUCUACGCCGCGGAGAUCACAUUAGCGCUGGAACAUCUACACGGACUGGGUGUCGUGUAUCGAGAUCUGAAGCCGGAGAACAUCUUACUGACCAAAGAUGGACACAUCAAGUUGGCGGACUUUGGACUGGCAAAGGAAGGGAUACGCGAUGGCGCUAACGGUACCAACUCGCUGUGUGGCACACCCGAAUAUCUCCCUCCUGAGAUCCUCGACCGACUAGGCCACGGAACUGCAGUGGAUUGGUGGAAUUUGGGCAUGGUACUGUACGAGAUGUUGACGGGAUUGCCGCCGUGGUAUACGAACGACCGCAAGAAACUGUUCGAACGUCUCCGAUCCGCGAGACUGCACUUUCCGCCCUACGUUUCACGGCGAGCGGAAGCACUUAUACGUCAGUUGUUGAAUCGUAACCCGGCGGAACGUCUGGGCUCGAAAGGCGCGCACCACGUCAAGAGCCACCUCUUUUUCGAGAGUGUUGAUUGGGCUAAACUGGCGAAGAAGCAGGUGCCUCCACCGUUUCGACCGUGCCACUCGGCGAUGAAUGACGGCGAAGCUCCACUGAAUUUCGAGGCGGAGUUCACGCGUUUGCCGCUGCCGAGUGCGGAGAAUACGGCCACAAGUCCACCGAAUGGCCGAUUGGGAGCGUUGGGCACGCGGUUACGACGAGACUCGGAUACUUUUAAGGACUUUACGUAUGAGAGUCCGGGAUAUCUGGAGUCGGUGGCGAAGAAAGAGGAAGCGUCAAGUUGA